CCGUCGGAUGGGGCUCAUCCGGCCUUCAACUCGCCUCCCUCUCCCUCUUCCACUCGGUGCAUGAGGCCACUCGGGGGUCGGUUAUGUGCGACGACCUGGACGGCUUCCUCUCGGCCUUCAAGGAGAGGCAUCUGGUGCCGCUGGAGAAGACCACCCUCGGGCAGCCCAACGCAUCGUCGACAGAGCAGUUCUACUGUGUCAAGCCGUCGAGUGAGCGAUUUGCCUUAGAGGGGUGUGGGGAGUGCCGCGGGCCGCCGAGCGUCGCGUUGCUGUUCCUUGCGAAAGACAAGGUGCCGUUCGGUCAGCUGUGGGCGGACUGGCUUGGCCUGGCCAGCGACAGGCGCAAGUUCACUGUCUAUCUGCACCGGCACGACAACGCCACUGCGGCCCUUCAUCCGCUGUUCAAUGCCUCGCUCAUCGAGCCGGUCGGCACGAGCUACGGCAGCUUCAUCCUGGCGGAGAACGCCCUGUGGCGGGCCGCCCUUCGCGACCCGUGCAACCAGAUGAUGGUGCUCCUGAGUAUCACUCACGUCCCCGUGUCACACCCGGAUGUCGUCUACGACGUGCUCUUCGAGACGAGAAGCGAUGACAUGGGCGGCCUGCCGACCAGUAGAAUAUGGUAAGGCAGGCAGCCGCAUACAGUGAUGGGGAUGAGGGAGGUAGCCGAAUGAUUUUCGCGUGUUCUGUUCAGUUAUCACGAAUAUCGAUUCAUGAGGGCGGGGCCGGACCGGAGGGAAGCGGGUGUGGUCGCGUCCACGGCAGCAGCCCCUUCGUGUCAAGACGCGCUGAGUGACUCUGCAAUCGGUAGGAUUGUCCGUGUUGGGUGAGUACACUAGAAGAGACAAGGAAAUGGAUCCUCCUGUGUGGUCACAGAUCGUAAGCACAUGCAGUGGCGGACGUACAACCGUUACCACGCCGUCCUUACUGCCGCUCAAGGCCUCAACUUCCCUUACGACGGUGUGCACAACUGGAACAAAGCCAUCAAUUCCGCCCCCGAUGAGUGGUUCCCGCACCACGUGUUGAGGCGCACGCUGGGCAACAAGGCUGUCUGGAAGCAGGUAAUGAGAGGGGUGCCCGUCUGGCGACACACACAUGGUGCGUGUGUAAUGCUGUCAUUCUCGCAGGUCAACGGUGGUCUGGGUGACUGGAGCCAGCAGAGGGAGCCCCACAUCGAAGAGCUCUUCUGUGACACUCACAUGUGCUGGAGCUGGCAGAAGACGAAAGACGCCUGCGGUCUAGGGGUCGCGACACAGUGCAGCCGCCUCGGGCCCCUGUGUUACACUCAGCUCAAGCUUGGCAAGCUGAAGGAGCUGAUCAGGAGCCGCCAUCCGCUGUUCUUCCGGAAGGUGCUGCCCAAUGCCACCGUGAUCAUCGACUUCAACAAGAGAGAGGUGGGGCUAGUGGGUGAGCUACUGCUGCCUCUGAUAAAGAAUGUGAGUGGGACAGAUCUAGCCGGCCGCCAGAUAGGUGGCUAG